AUGCCUCACUCUAUCCGAGAAGAACAUGACCAGGCGAAGGCGCUCAAGCGACCCAGUUUCUUUGCGCCGGCGUAUUGUCGACUUGGAGAUGGCGAGUUCCGGGUCAUGAUACUCGAGGCGGGAAGUGGGAACGAUGAACUAAGUUGCAGGUUAUGUAUCUGCAAGCAUUCCGACAGAGUAUCUUACCGGGCACUUUCCUACGCCUGGGGCGAUCCCGUCAAGGUCAAACAAGUGCGGUGCAAUGGCCAAAGGAUCGGAAUAGGAUCGAAUCUUCAUCAGGCUCUGAUUCAUCUACGCCAUGCUCGUUUCGAAAGGGUUAUCUGGGCUGAUGCAUUGUGCAUCAAUCAAAACGACUUCGAUGAGCGCGGACAUCAGGUUCGAAACAUGAGAACCAUAUUUGCAAAUGCUCAAGAAGUUCUCGUCUGGCUGGGCGAAGCGGAUUUGCAUUUCAGAAGAGUUUUCGGAUAUAUAAACCUAUCCAAAUGGUACACAUCUCAGACCAAUUGGGAUACUAUUGGUUUCAACCUCAAUAUGUCUCAAGACAUAGAAUUCCCCAGCCCAGCGACUUUGGGCUCCCUAGGUGAGCUUCUAGAGAAACCAUGGUUCAGGCGCGUGUGGAUUCUCCAAGAAGUUGCGCUGGCAAACCGAGCCACCCUCAUGGCUAGCCGUUAUCGCAUUAGCUGGGAAAGCUUUGCUUCGCUAAUUCACAAAGUUCAUCGCUCAGGAGCAUCUCGGAAAGAUUUUUCAGCAUCGGCCCAGACCAGUGUGAAGGCGGUUCUUGAGAUCGAGGGUACACGGCAGUCUAUUCAGUCGUCAUCAGCCAAACAUCAGCGACCCCUAUUGUCUGUUCUAUUAGCCACAAGCUCAGGAGAAUGUUCAGAUAUUCGAGACAAGAUCUUUGCCGUUUUCGCUCUCGCAGGCGACUACGACUUGGAUCGAGAUGCUGAUGAUUUCGGACCAAACUAUCAUCUGAGUCCGCAAGAGAUUUUCAAAAAGUUCGCCAAAUGGUGUAUUUCUCGAGGCAACUUGAAUGUACUCUCAUGCACAACAAGGACUGAACCAGACCUUAGUGGCGAACUUGGAGAAUUGCCGUCAUGGGUACUAGAUUGGACGAGAAUCUACAACGACGCCCCAUUCAUUCGAUACAUGGACCGUUUGCCAUUCAACGCUGGGCAAGUUGGGCUUCAGGCCAAUGAACCGAUUAUCGAUGCUCCUAGAGUAGUGGGGGAUGACGCACUCAUUCUUUCAGGGGUUACUGUUGACGUUGUCAAAGAAGUUGCGCCCCUUCCUCCUUCGCGCAUUCAUUCAGGAGCACCGACGAACCUUGGGUCAAUGUUGCUUCACUACAAAAGGUGGCUGUGCGAUCACCAUGGCAUGGGCAGUUUCCAAGCUGGGACGAAUGACCAGAACCUCGGGGAACUCUUCUGGAGAACCAUGACGGCUGGGUUGGAUGCAGAAGGCUGCCUAGCAACUGACCACAUCGGUAGGUUGUUCCAUGAUUACCUACGACAGGUGGAACAGACUGAGUUACAGAGCCAGGGAGUUGGUCCAAACCACUCCACAGUCUUAACCGCGGGAUAUGAUCCAGCAUAUCUCCGUCACGGCAAAGUUAUGUCCGCCGUGCUAAUGUGGUCCUACAAGAGACGACCCGCAGUCACUAAGCGUGGAGCAAUGGCAUUAGUUCCAGAGAACACGCAGAACGGAGACAUUAUUGUCGUUGUGGCUGGAGCGAAGGUCCCGCUUGUGCUUCGGAGGGUUCAAUCUGGCUCAAGUGAAAGUUAUGCCGUGCUUGGAGAGGCGUUUGCUAAUGACGUGAUGGAUGGGUCGUUUCUUAAGUUGCUGGUAGAAAAUCAGAUGAAACUAGGAGGACAACCAGAUGGGUUUGCUUUGCGGAGGUAUGCUAUUAGAUAA